ACUGUCAAAAUGGUUAUGUUUGUUUAUACACAUGUGAUACUCAUCAAUUAUGUAUUUUUAUUUUUUCUUGAUUAUAAUUUAUGUGAUUCUUUUUAAAUAUUUGAAAUUGAAAUAUUACAUCAUUGCCAGUUUUGUUCUCAGUAUGAGUAUUUUUAUAAUUUCAAUGAAUUCUUUAGAAAAUAUCAUCGAGUCCAAGGAUAUAGAGAAGUGUCCUUUUUGUUAUGGUCUUACAGCUUGUUAUUUAAUGGAUAUUAAUGAACUUUCUUUUGAUUAUAGCGAUUUAUCUGUUUUGUUUUCUAAUUAUUUUGGAACAAAGAAUGUUUAUUAUGUUAAAAUGAGAAAUAAAAAAUUGAUUUUGAAACAGCUUGCAAGCAAUUCAGAGCUGGAUGAAUUCGAUAAAAUGAGUAUUGUAUUUAGGGAGAAAAAAGACAUUAAUUUUCUAAAUCUUAUUAAAGAAAUUGUAUCUACAAAUAUGAGUGACACAUUAAGUAAACUGCGUCUUUGUCCAACUACAAAGAAUAUAAAAUUGUUUUUGGCAAAUGUAAUUAAUAGCAAGAACUUCUCUUAUCAAAAUAUUUGGACCCUACUGAAAAUAAAUCCAGAAGCACUUAUGCUGCAGAUUUUACCUGCAAGACUGGGAUGGCCUGUUCCUAAAUACUAUGGAGCAUGUGGAAGAUUAGUUAUUGAAGAAUUUGUGGGCCCUGCUCUUUCUGAAUUUUAUAAUAAACAUUGGAUUCAAAGAGCAGAAAUAGCUUCUAGCUUACUUAAUGCAGCACACACAUUUACUUUUCAAGAUGAAAAUUUUACAUAUUAUUUAACAGAUGUUUCUUUCGAUAAUAUUGCCGUUGAUUCCAAUAACAUUGCUAAAUUUAUUGACCUGGAGAAUGUUAUUGUGGUUGAUAAAAAAACAUCUAUCGCAGAUCAAUCUGAAACUUGGAAAGACGUUCAUAGAAGUGACUCAGAUUUUGGCUGUGAAGAUUGCUUAAUAUUUUCUCCAUCAGACAUUUGUGCACACGAAGUUAGCGACCAUAACUAUUAUACUAUAUGCAAGCAUAUUUUAGCCAGAAAGACGACUGAAAACCAAAUAUCAGAGGGUUUCUUACAUGAUGUACCGGAUAAUAUUUUGAGUCAAUACCCUGUCUUUAUUAAUCUUGUAAAUAAAUGCUCCAAGUCUGAUACUUUAAGUAACAGAAUUACUACAGGAAUUAAACUUAAUAUCCUGUUAAAAGAUAUUAUUAAAAUGUACACUUUGAGCUACAAUCACCAUAAUAGAUAAUGUCUAUCAACCAUCUAAAUGUGAAAAAGUUCUUGAGGAAUUAAGACAGUGUUGUUUAAAACAUUCAUCACAGUCUCUUGUUUGUGAAGGGAUAGAUACAUCUAAACCAUACGAACAUCACACUGUUGAUUAC